GACUCAUUCACUCAGUUUAGUCUGCAUGAGUGAGCGUGAACGCGAAUCGUGGAAACAUGUCCGCCGUUUAUGUUGUUUGACGUAAAUAUUGGCGAAAAUUAAUAGUUUUGCAUCCGUGUAGUGAUUUUUGGUGCUAAUAAUGUGUGUGUUCGUGUUGUGAUUUGUGCUUAUGCGGCUGUUGUACAAAACUGGUCCAAUGGAGUCUCUCAGAAAAUGGUUCUAUAAACCAAAGAGGGACGACCGGUCGCUGCUUGCACAGUUCUUCUUCGCCGACGAUGCCCUCAACAUGGUCGCUGCGGAGCUGGAUUCGUUCGACGGCCGGAAGGAUCCGGAGAGGUGCUCCACACUCGUCAACCAGCUGAGGCAUGCUCAGGAUCGAGUGCUGAACAUCAUCAGCCAGAUCAUGGACCAGCUCCUCGGCGACGAGCGCGUGGCGAGAGGCUUCCGCGUCAAGUUUCCAGAGGACGUGCUCCAGGACAACUUGGCUGGCCAGCUGUGGUUCGGUGCUGAGUGUCUAGCCGCCGGUUCAUCCAUAAUGAAUCGCGAGGAGGAAUCAGCCGCGAUGCGCCCCCUGGCCAAAGCUCUCACCAGAAGCCUGGAGACCGUCCGGUCGUUGCUCAGAGAGCAAUGCUUGCGACCCAGAGGACUGGCUCUGUCGCAGCAAGACGACAUGCUUCAUGAAAGUCUUAGGAUAUUUGACAAGUUGUUCGCAGAAUUCGAGCUUUGCUACGUGAGCGCCAUGGUGAACGUGAAGACCCCCCACGAGUUCGAAGCGCAGCAGCUCAUCUGUGUGCUGUUCUCCGAGAGUCUACGGAGGGCUUUGAAGCAGUCGCUGCUCACACAGGAACAGGUGGACUCGUACGAUCCAGCCUUGAUGUUCGCCGUGCCGAGGCUCGCCAUCGUCAGCGGGCUAUUAAUAUACUCCAGCGGGCCUUUGAGCAUAGAUAAGUCACCAGAGGAGAUGUCAGACAUGUUCCGUCCAUUCCGCACCCUUCUUCACAAGAUCCGCUCUCUCCUGUGGACGUUAGACCGGCGGGAGCUUAUAGCCCUCGAGCGGUUGCUCUGUACCAACGAAGACGUCUCCAGUUUAGCUGGCCUGGAGAUACCUCAUGGUGCAGAACCUUCGGAGGACCCGUCGUGUCAGUACCCUGAUAUCGGCGAGUUCGUGUCUCGCUUCUACGCUGACCACGCCCCUUGCCGCGAUCUCUAUACCCAGAGUUCCACCGAGCCAACCAUCACUGAGAACGACUACCUGCCGGACUACAUAGAAGUGAUGACGCCAAUCAUCGACGGCCUGCGUCGCCUCGACACGGACAGCGACUCCACUUCGCCCCAAGAACACCCCUCCGACCCUCCCCCGUCCGACACCGCCAGCAUAGACACAUUCCAAAACGACCUCCUAGACGCUAAGACCCGCAAAACCAGCAGAACGGAAAGCAGCGACUUAUCCUCCUUACGGAACCUCUCCACCAACGGUCUCAUGAUGUUCGACCCUUUAGUCAUCAACGCGGGCAACUCGGGCGAACCCUCCAACAGGCAGUUACCUGACCACGACCUGGUGACCUCCCUUAACGAGCAGGUCACUGAAAUAGCAGAUAGAUUAUCCUCAAUAGUUAGCGACGUAGACAUACUAGAUCAUAACCAAAUACAUUCGUUCUCCACGAACGAUGUCCCCACUUUAAUAUCCAGCGAACCGACUGAGCCUUACUUCAGCGGGCCUAAGAACGAACAACUGAGCUGCAUGCCUUCCACUAGUCACGGAUAUUUAAUACCGAACGCGAUAAGCCACGAACCCGUAGUAUUAGCUUCUCUCUCACACAAUAAUUCUGCAGUCUUCACUCAAGAAGAAGAAAGUGCAAUAGCGACGGAUCUCCCUUUAAUUAUACCGGACAAUAUUGACGCUGAUAUUGUAAAUACUAACAUAUGUAUAGCUAACGCUAAUCUGAGCUCGUUAUUACUAACUAAUGAAGAAUUCCGACAGAAUUUCAUUGAUAACAAUGAAGUUGCAAAUGAUAAUAAUAGUUUCACAUCAGCGAAAACGCAUAUAGAGAAUAGUGAUGAUGAUAAAGUGAAGUUCAUGCUUGGUUAUGAGAGCGAACACGAAUCGCCUGUGGAUUCUGGUGUCAGUACUGAAAAUACUAGCUUAGAUAGAUCCCCAGACACAGAAAACAAAGAAAUCAAAGAGAACCACUUCAUGCAACAGAACAGGGUAUUAAAAACGGAAGAAGACAAAGCUAUUAACACAUUAGAAAGUUCCUUUUCCAGUGUAAAUAACGGUGAUGUUAGCGUUAACAUAAAUUAUGAAGAGACAGAUACUCAAAAGAACGAAGCGUCAUCGUCGAUUAAUGUAAAUACGGAUAGGUUAAGUGACGAAGCUGUAAAUACAAAAUCUGAAGAGUUAAGAAUGGCGGAAGAGGUUAUAAACGAGUUGGCAAGAAACAUAGUGGCCGAUUUAAGUACUCAAGACAAUAAUUCCAUGACUAACUCCUCGCCUAGUAGUUCGCGGCAGAAGAAAGAAGAGAGGCGAUUAAGAAAGUCGAGUAAAAGCAAGAAGAAGAAGAAAAUGUGGUCGCCCGGGACCGUGAUCUUGGACAACCGGUCGGCGCAGGCACAGAGCCCGCUGAGAUUGAAUUUGGAUCACUUUGUUGACGAAAGUACGGCGGACGAUGAGCAGAUCGCGUUGGCGCUACAAGCUCAAGAGCUCGCCGCGAGACAACAGGCGAGGGGCAAGUUCAAAUCAAGCGAAGACCUAAUCCACCGUCUGUUCGUCUGCAUCGCUGGCGUCGCGGACCAACUCCAAACGAACUUCGCCGCGGACCUACGUAACAUACUGAAGUCCGUGUUCCUCAUGAACCAGACGCCGGACGCGCCGGACCCGGACCCGGAACCGGAAGCGGAGCCGGACAAGUGCGAUAUCGAAUACGCGGCCACGGAGGACCAGGUCAUUCAGAACGGAAGCUCAUUCGACAGCGUCUACUCUGCCGAGGAAGUGUACGCGGACAGUACAUCGGACACGCCUUCCGAGGGUUCAGACAGAAGGACACGCAGCACGGCGGACAGACAGACGGACAAGCCGCCCGAGCGGCCCUCCCUGCACCCCUCCGUCUCCACAGGAGAUCUCACCAUCAGGGAGCGGGCAGACACGCCGGCUAGCGACCGAGUGGAGCGAGCACCCGAAUGGGUUCCCGACAUCGCGGCGCCAUCUUGCAUGCGCUGCGACUCGCACUUCACCGCCUUCCGUCGCCGCCAUCAUUGUAGGAACUGCGGCAAAGUAUUCUGCGCAUCAUGCAGCUCUAACUCCAUCCCGCUCCCCCGCUUCGGGCAGCUGAAGCCGGUGCGCGUGUGCGAGGAGUGCUUCCGAUCCAUCGCCCGAGGCUGCCGGCGCGCGCACUACCGGUGAUUGAGUCGACAUGCGGAAUAAAUAGCCCGUGUCGAGGUGAAACAUACCUUAUGUCCAU